AGCAGACAGCCAUCACUGAGUAGAGUGCGAGUCUAGAGAUGUCAUUUCGUUUCUUUUAAAACCCAUUGGAUUCUGUCAAAUAAAAAUCAAGAAGAAAGAAAAAUGGAAAACGGUAAGAAAUGGGGUUUCAGUGCAAAUAAUGAGAUUGAUUCAGCUUCUGGUGUUACAGUUAGAGGGGUUCUAAACACUUUGAUGAAUUCUAUAAACCUUGAAGAUAAAAGACAGCCUAUUCCUCUUGGUUAUGGUGAUCCUUCGGCUUCUCCAUGUUUCAGAACAACUAAAAUAGCUGAAGAUGCUAUCGUUGAUUCGCUUCGUUCAGCCAAGUUUAAUGGUUAUUCAUCCACUGUUGGUAUUCUUCCUGCCAGAAGGUCUAUAGCAGAUUAUCUAUCUCGUGAUCUUCCAUAUAAGCUAUCACCUGAGGAUGUUUUCCUCACAAUUGGUUGUGCACAAGCGAUCGAGAUUGCAAUGAUGGUAUUCGCUCGACCUGGUGCUAAUAUAUUGCUACCUAGACCAGGGUAUCCGUAUUAUGAGGCCUGUGCUGGUUUUAGGAAGCUGGAGUAUCGACAUUUUGAUCUUUUACCAGACAAAGGUUGGGAGGUCGACCUUGAAGCUGUAGAAGCUCUUGCUGAUGAGAAUACCGUUGGAAUGGUUAUAAUCAACCCAGGAAACCCUUGUGGAAGUGUCUACUCAUAUGGGCAUUUAAAGAAGGUUGCUGAGACUGCCAAGAAACUCGGAAUUCUUGUGAUAGCGGAUGAAGUUUAUGGUCAUCUCACAUUUGGAAGUAAUCCAUUUGUGCCAAUGGGAGUUUUUGGGUCAACAGCUCCUGUCCUUACACUUGGGUCUAUAUCAAAGAGAUGGAUAGUACCUGGUUGGCGAAUUGGUUGGCUUGUUGCCAGUGAUCCCAAUGGCGUUCUAAAAGAAACAAAGGUUCUAGAUUCAAUUAUAAGCUGCCUAAAUAUCUCUGGAGACCCUGCAACUUUUAUCCAGGCUGCCAUUCCUCAAAUUAUUGAAAAAACAACGGACGACUUCUUCAACAAUGUUAUUAGUAUCUUGAGGAAAUCGGCUGAAUUUGUGCAUGAUCAAAUUAAGGAUGUCUUCUGCCUUACUUGCCCCCACAAACCAGAAGGAUCCAUGUUCGUGAUGGUGAAGCUCAAUUCAAAUCUUUUGGAAGACGUCAACGAUGAUACGGAGUUCUGUCUCAAAUUAGCUAAAGAGGAAUCCCUCAUUAUUCUUCCAGGAACUGCGGUUGGACUGAAAAAUUGGCUGCGCAUAACUUUUGCUAUUGAACCAACUUCUCUGCAAGAUGGACUUCUGAGGUUAAAAGCUUUCUGCCAGCGACAUGCCAAGAAAUAAAUGUGGCUACGUUUACCCAGUAAUGAUUUGUAGUUGCUAAAGAUUGUUAUCCUAUGCGUUCCAUUAGUUAAGUUGUUGCAAGUAUUUACUAGUUUUGGCCCUACCCUCAACAUUGUAGAGGAAGAAGCCCAUACGAUAUUUCUCCAGAGUUAAAUAUAUGUGACAUUGUAUGAGACAGUGGAACCCAAAAGUAGAACCCCAUUCCAUGACCAACCUUAGGAGUUAUGAGGUUUAUUUAUCGAAAAUGAUAGAAAACACUGGAUUUAAUCGCUUGUUACUCCCGUAUUAAAACUUGCAAAAUUAAGAGAGCUUGAGAAAUGAGAUAACCACUCUGAUAUUUAUUCAUGUUGGGAGCUAGCUUACUGUCGGAGAAAAAUGAGUUUUUAAU